CACAGGGAUCAUUUGCACUGGGUUUUGUCUGUCCAACCGGAGUCUCUCAAGGAUCGAUAUAAACAUAUCAGAGCUGCUUAUUUAAAGCGAAUGCUUUUAAAUCUCUUCGAGUGAGUUGUCCAAAUCAUUGGAGAGAGGAGAGGAUGGCAGAGGGAGGUUUUGACCCUUGCGAGUGCAUCUGCUCCCAUGAACAUGCCAUGAGGAGACUGAUCAACCUGCUGAGACAGUCCCAGUCCUACUGUACAGACACCGAGUGCCUUCAGGACAUGCCAGGCCCCAACUCCUCAGUAGAAGGCGACAUCACUAUACCCAUGAUUAUUAUGGGAUGGCUGGUUCUAGCUCUUGUACUGUUUCUUUUCCGCCCAGCCAGCAUGAGGGGCCCUUCAGCCAACAACAAGCCAAUCGGUCCACAUGGUAAUCGUGGCAGAGAGCCGCCAGCACCUCCAGUGGACUAGCGGUUUCCUAACAGAAGGAGAUUUGAUCGUUUAAUCCAGCUUUCAUCUGAUCAGCUCCUUUGACCAGCCUAACUUUCCUUACCUGUCAGUUUUUCAGAUUCUUUCAUCCAAUAACGGGAGGCUGAUCUCUGUAGAUGCUUGAACAGCACGGUGUUUCAUAUGUGUGAAGAUUUCAGGGUUUAUAAAUCUGUCUUCAGCUUCUUACUUCAUCUUAUAUUUUUAUUAUUCAGCAUCAUUAUGUAUUUAGUAAAUUGUUACAAUGAUAUAAAGGCCUAUAUAAUGACACUAAACAAAUCUGGAAAAUGGAGGAGAAUUGGGAUAAUUUUGCGUAGACUAAAAGAAGCGAUUGUUUCUUGUCUAAUAUGAUGGCUUAUACAUUCCAAAGAUAUUAAGAUUUCACAGACGUGAUGUCAUCGUCUGCGUAAGAGCAUCAGCCUUGACUCUGCAUUGGGUAAUUCUAAACAUGGGUGUACUUGAAAUGACUCACACAUUUUGGUUGACCAGACCACCUUUCUCUGCGCAGACGGAAAUAAUGAAAUGGGUGUAUUCCAGUAUUUUCUUGACUCUCCUCCAUGUAGUCAUGACUCUGUGAAUGUUGUCAUCAUCUGGGAUCUGUUGACCACAGAGAGACGGCUGAUUUAAAGCAGACCUCUCCACCCUGAAGACUCCGAAAGCAUAUUUAACCCUUAAAAUCACUACAGAAUAACUAGUGCAACUGCUAGUACACAGUCAAAUGGCAUUCUGAAUAGUUUUCACCCAGUUGCUCAGGUAUCGCUAUGUAGCUAUACUUAAUCGAACAGUUAUCAAAUGGUAUUGGGAUUCUACUAAAUUUACAGAAAUCCUUAAAGGGGCAGUUCAGCCGAAACUCAUCAUUUUCUUAUCCUUGACUUGUUCCUAGUUGUAGGAAUAAUGAAAACUAUGGAAGUCAUGGUUAUUGUUUUCUAGUAUUUUUCAAAAUAUAUUUUGCGUUCAGCAGAAUGAAUUUGGUUUGGAACAAGUCGUCAAGUGUGAGUAAAUGAUAACAGCUAAACAUUUUUUUUUUUUUUGGCUGAAGUGUCCCUUUACUGCUUAAGAGUGAGAUUCCUUUUUCAGAUUUGCCUAAAGACAAAUUGAAAUGUAGCACUUUAGCUGUGGUACCUUUAAACAGAAAGCAAAGGUCCAGAAAAACACCAAAGAAACAAUGUAAAUAUGUUUCAAGUGUGGUGUAACUGCUCUUCAUUUCUUUGAGAAUGUUACAAUAUCUUGGUUGCAAAAAGUCAGUUAAUUGGUCAGACUAAUGAUUCCUGGAAAGGUCAGUUGAGGUGGUGGUGAGGAUUUCAGGGCAUAUACAAUGAAUUCUGUCUACACUGUUUAAAUGAAACUGCUCUAUGUGAAAGGGCUAAUCUAUGCACUUUUGGUUACUUCAAAUAAAUAAGAAUAACAGCA